CCGCGCCCCCAACUUUCUGGUCCGAUGCGGCUCCCAGGCCCUGUACUUUUGGUUCCGCCCGCCGGCUGUCGGCUACUACCCCGGCGCAUUUCCGGCCGUGGUGGGACAGUCCGCGGAAAGUAGGGCACUUCGCGCCCACCGACCAUGCCCGCGGGCGUGUCCUGGGCCACCUACUUGAAAAUGUUCGCCGCCAGCCUCCUGGCCAUGUGCGCCGGGGCCGAAGUGGUGCACAGGUACUACCUGCCGGACCUGACAAUACCUGAAAUUCCACCAAAGCCUGGAGAACUCAAAACGGAGCUUCUGGGACUGAAAAAGAGACAAUAUGAACCUCAGGUUUCUCAGCAAUAGAAACUUCAAAAUACAACUCUGUCAAGAACUCCGUGAAUAUUUUAAUUUAUUUUUCAGAGAGAGAACGUGUGCACGUGCAAUCGUGCAAUCAGGGUCCUCGAGGGGCAGAAGGAGAGAGAAUCCCAAGGCUCCGUGCUGUCAGCACAGACCCCAAUGCAGGACUCGAUUCCACAAGAGCUCAUGACCUGAGCAUAAAUCAAAAGUCAGAUGCUUAAGUGACUCAGCCACCCAGGCGCUCCAGAGUUUGAAGUUAAUUGUGUACUUGACAAAAUUAUGAAAGAUGUCACUUGGACUGUCGCAAGUUCUUUACCCCCAAAUUUGAGAAACCAUGUUACUAUGUAAUUAUUCUUACAAAAUAAAUUUUAAAAUAACUGAAAAGCUUAAA